AUGAUUUUAAAUCAUGACUCCAUUUUAGGUGUUGAAUCAGGAUCAAAUUACUCUGGUGAUCUUAAAGAUGCCCAAAUAUCCAUUCCACGUGGCACAAUAGCUGCAGCUGUAGUGACCUCUAUCAUUUGUAUCCUUUUAGAAAGAUUAUCACCUAAAAUGUGCUUCAUUAUUAGGAAGCACCCACCUCAUCAAGUAGUGUUUUAUGUAUAAAUAUGUUGCAUCCACCUCACCAAGUAGUGCUUUAUGUAUAAAUAUGUUGCAUCCACCUCACCAAGUAGUGCUUUAUGUAUAAAUAUGUUGCAUCCACCUCACCAAGUAGUGCUUUAUGUAUAAAUAUGUUGCACCCACCUCACCAAGUAGUGCUUUAUGUAUAAAUAUGUUGCACCCACCUCACCAAGUAGUGCUUUAUGUAUAAAUAUGGUGCACCCACCUCACCAAGUAGUGCUUUAUGUAUAAAUAUGUUGCACCCACCUCACCAAGUAGUGCUUUAUGUAUAAAUAUGGUACAUACACGUCACCAAGCAGCCAUGCAUCUUGGAAUUAAACUUUUGUACCUGAAAACAUUGUUUUGACUACAAUAAAUUCCUUUAUGUUAUGUAGUUCUCUCAUCUUCAAAUGGAAUCUGUUUUAAGAACUCAAAUCCUUUCCUUAAUAUUCACAAAGACCUCUCUGCUGUUGUUUUAUUGGGAGGUUCUGUAGAGGGUGUGCUACUGCGAGAUAAGUAAGGAGUCACUCAUUAGUGAUACAUUUUCAAUAGAAAUUUGGUUCUUUGGGAUCAAGAUAUUGCAUUCAUCCAGCCUGGUAGUCAAAAAAUAAUUCUUUAAUUAAAUUUAAAAAUCUACUGAAAUAAUCAAAAUUUUUAAAUGUGAUUUUACUGAAUUUUAAUGAUGGCAAAGGUUUGAAAAAUAAAUAUUUAUAUUUUCUACUCGGAAAAAUACAUUUACUGUAAUUUAAAACAUUGUUGAAUGAUUACUGCCUUGUUUUUGAGAAGUGAUUAUUUUAUAUAAUUUAUGAAAAUUCUCAUCAUUGUUCUUUACACUAAAAAAAAUGCAUGACAUUUAUGUAUCAACUAUAAAUAUCGCACAGCUUUCCUAACAAUUUUGCUUGUAUUUUAAAUUAGAUAUGGAGAAAGUAUAAGUACCAAAGGGGAACUAGUGAUGUCCCUUGUCGCCUUCCCAUCAAAGUGGAUUGUCCUUGUAGGAACUCUGACAGCUACCACAGGAGCAGGAUUACAAGCUCUGGCGGGUGAUUACCCCUUAGGUUUUCAUUAUGUUAACAUUUAUAACUUUGCAGACCAGGUUUUAACUCUUUACAAUCCUGUUAUAGAGAUAACAUAAUUUUUAGGACAUCGUAGAAACAGUCAAAAAUGUCCACCAUGACUGACUUUGGAAGUAGGGUUUGAAGUAUCACCAUGGAUAAUUGCAGUCGCUCAACAUUAAAGUUAUUAAUGACAAAAAAUCAAACCAGAGUCAGCACGUUAUUGGUGGCAAUAUCAUUGUUGGAAAUAGAGCUACAUGAAAUUGGUUGUAUUAACAUUCACUAUUAAACAAUCAGAAGUUUGCUGAUGAGUUACUGUUGUAAUUCAAGCUAAUACAUAAAAUUCCCUUCCCUUUGUACAGGAGGACCACGCUUACUGCAAGCAAUAGCUGACGACAAUAUCAUCCCGCAUCUUGGGUUCUUUGCCAAGAAAUGGCGAGGGGAGCCAGUUCGUUGCCUGUGUGUGACAUUUUGUAUUGCUGAAAUGGGGAUCAUUAUAGCCUUCCUGGAUUACGUGGCCCCCAUUGUCACUAUGUUUUUUCUGAU